AUGAAAACAUUCUUCCUCACGGGCGACAUCCCGGUCGGAUACAAGAUCCCCAAGUUCCCAUCGUUGUACUGGCCCAUCGGAAACGACAAGUUCAACGUCGCAUACCUAUACUACUUGCCAGACAUAUGGAGGUUCACCGUCUUCUGGACCAUGAUCUUCUUCGCAGCUGUGUACGGCUCAGCAGGCGUCAUCGCCUGGAUGACCCACAAAAACCUCCUAUUCGGCAUCUGGGUAGUGCCUUUCUACAUACUGAUAGGCCUCGUCCAGGCCUUCGUCUCGGGCACCGUCGCAGGCAUUGUCCUGGCCAUCAUCUAUAAAGCCGGUCUCUUCUCGAUGACCACAUGGAUCCCCUUCUGCUGCGGCGCCUUGCAGAUCUUGUUCAACGUCAGCACCAGUUACUCCAUGACCAGUCCCAUCAUAUAG